AUGGCAAAUCACAGGGACCCUCGCUUUCUGCACAACCUGUCCUACCACCCACGAUGGCAGCACGACUCAAUAAAAAUGAAGAGAAAAAGACAUAUGUGGACAGCGGCUACGAACAGUUGCAGUGAAUAUAGUCUGUUUAAAUCAUUAGCAGCUUCAUCAUCAUUGUCAUCAAGAUCAUUGUCAUCAAAACCACAGUUGCCAUCAUCCCCAGUGCAACGCUCCAAAAGCAGGUGGGGGAACUGGUUUCUUCUGCCCUUACUCAUGGUCUCAUUUCUGCCCUGUCAAGCCUGGGCGACCACAUUCAAGGUGGCCCUGGUUGGACCCUGGACGUGUGACCUCUUGUACUCCAAAUCCCUCCCUGACUUGGCAGCCCGACUUGCCACCACCCGCAUAAACAAGGACCCCUAUCUCAACAAAGGCUACUGGUAUGACUACACGCUAGUCAAUGAGGACUGCAAGUCCUCCCGUGCCCUUGCUCGCUUUUCUGACCUGGAAGGUUAUGGUGCUGCUUUCCUUGGCCCUGCCAACCCAGGCUACUGCUCCUCAGCUGCUCUGUAUGCAAAAGAGUGGGAUCUUGGGAUUCUUUCCUGGGGUUGCCUCAACCCCAACAUUAAAAAAGGAGGGAUGUACCCCACCUUCCUGCGACCACUGCCACUGUCCUCCCGUGUGCUCUUCACUGUGUUGCGGUACUUUCGUUGGGCCCAUGUGGCCAUAAUCUCAGAGGAGACAGAUUUGUGGGAAUCCACAGGACAGGAGCUGGCCUCAUCACUCAGGGCCCUUGGCCUGCCUGUCAACCCUGUGGUCACUAUGCAGGAGGACAAGGACGGGCCGCGGAGAGCCCUGGCGACAGUACGGGAAGCAGACCGCGUCAGAGUGGUCAUUAUGUGCAUGCCUUCUGUCCUGAUUGGUGGGCAAUCCCAGUACCAACUUCUGACAACAGCCUUGGCCAUGCGUAUGAUUGACCGUGGCUACGUGUUCAUUCCCUAUGACACCCUCCUCUACGCACUACCCUACAAGGAUGCACACUACUAUUCACUAGGCAAUGACACCAAGCUGCGGAAAGCCUAUGACGGGGUCCUCACCAUCACUAUGGACUCUGGAGAACGCAAUUUCUAUGAGGCCUUUAAAGAUGCUCAGGACAGCUAUGAAAUUCGCAGCACCACUCCACCAGAGCAGGUUUCUCCGUUCUUUGGCACCAUCUAUAACAUGAUGUACUACAUUGCUAUGGCUGUUGAGCAGGCCCGCUCCAAUAGAGGCCAGUGGGUGACUGGUCAGAUCCUAGGUGAUAGCGAGGGCGGCUUUGAUUUUGAGGGCUUCAAUCAGCAUCUGGGGGCCGGCAAGAACGGUAAAGGCAUGCAGGCUGGCUAUGUAGUGCUGGACUACAGUGGCAUGGGCACCUCUCUCUACUCCACUCAUACUCUGGCGGCUACUCAUACAGAUGGCAGGACUGGGGGAUUGAAAUACCUCAGUCGUUCGAUCCAUUUUGCAGGCAGUACGCCCUACUCAGACUCUGGCUGCUGGUUUAGCCCAUACUUUGCCUGCACUGGAGGCUUGGAUCCAGUCUCUCUAGUCUUUCUUUUCUUUGUGUUCAUUGGAUUGGUUGCAUGUGCAGCCUACUUCUUUAUUGUGUUCAAGAAAAAUGGCAGGGUUGGGUUCAGCUUUGGAGGUACUGGUGGAAGUGGAUCAACAAAAGUAGUCCUGACCCUGGAUGACCUGGUCUUCAUCAGCACUCAAAUCAGCAAACGGAAGCUCAACGACGAAAGUAUCUUGAGAAGCCAGCUGGAUAUGAAGACGCCUCACCACUCGGUUUCCGGUCGCAGCUAUUUGGCCUCAACACCAGACAGCUCAAAUAUUGCUGUGUUUGAGGGUGACUGGGUUUGGUUGAAGAAAUGCCCCAGUGGAGUAUCAAGUGUCAACAGCAGCACUGAGUGUGUCUUUGUCAAGCUCAGAGACAUGAGGCACGAAAACCUCAAUCUGUUCUUGGGACUCUUCUUUGACUCUGGGAUCUUUGGUGUUGUGACCGAGCACUGCUCCAGGGGCAGCUUGGAGAAUCUGCUCAGCAAUGAGGAAGUGCGUCUCGACUGGAUGUUCAAGUCUUCCCUGUUAAUGGAUCUAAUUCGAGGAAUGAAGUACCUGCACAAUCGUGACAUCAUCCACGGACGGCUCAAAUCCCGUAACUGUGUGGUAGACGGGCGCUUUGUAUUGAAGGUGACAGAUUAUGGGUUCAAUGAACUUUUGAUUGCCCAAAACCUUGACACUGACGAGGAAAAGCCUGAGGAUCUGUUUUGGACGGCUCCUGAGCUGCUGCGAAGUUCCAGUCUGAGGAGGAGGGGCACUUUCCGUGCAGAUGUCUACAGCUUUUCCAUUGUCUCGCAGGAGGUCAUCGCUCGCUCUUCACCUUUCUGCACGCUGGAUAUGCCUGCCAAGGAGAUUAUUAGCAAGGUCAGAGAUCCUCCUCCGUUGUGUCGGCCUGUUCUGUCAGUGGACGAGGCCCCGCUGGAGGUCAUACAGGUUAUUAAACAGGCCUGGAGUGAAGAUCCGGAGAAGAGGCCGACCUUUGAGGAAAUCUUCAAACAGUUCAAGAACAUCACCAAGGGAAAGAAGACCAACAUCAUCGACUCUAUGCUGCGCAUGUUGGAGCAGUACUCCUCCAACUUGGAGGAUCUGAUUAGAGAGAGGACAGAGGAGCUGGAGGUGGAGAGACAGAAGACUGACAAACUGGUGGCUCAGAUGUUGCCCAAGUCUGUGGCCCAGGCACUGAAGACAGGCAAGCCUGUCAAACCAGAGCAUUUCAGCGAGGUCACGCUGUACUUUAGUGAUAUCGUGGGCUUCACCACCAUCUCAGCUCUCAGUGACCCCAUCGAGGUGGUCGACCUGCUCAAUGACCUUUACACACUCUUUGAUGCUAUCAUUGGAUUGCAUGACGUCUACAAGGUGGAAACUAUCGGAGAUGCCUACAUGGUAGCCUCAGGAGUCCCCACCAGGAACGGCAACCGUCAUGCAGCUGAAAUGGCCAACAUGUCUCUUGACAUCCUCCAUUGCAUUGGGACUUUCAAGAUGAGGCACAUGCCUGAACUCAAAGUCAGGAUCCGUAUUGGCCUGCACUCUGGCCCAGUGGUAGCAGGAGUUGUGGGCCUUACGAUGCCUCGGUACUGUCUGUUUGGAGACACUGUCAACACAGCAUCAAGAAUGGAGUCCACAGGGUUGCCUUACAGAAUCCAUGUCAACCAAAGCACAGUUGAUGUCCUGAACAGCUUGAAGCUGGGAUACAAGAUUGAUGUCAGAGGUCUGACAGAGUUAAAGGGAAAAGGGAUUGAGAACACAUUUUGGUUGGUAGGAAGGGACGACUUCACCAAGCCUCUGCCUAUUCCUCCAGACAUUAAAGGGGGAGGCAAUCACGGUAUCGCUCUAGAAGAGAUACCUACUGACAGAAGACAAAAAUUCCUGGAUCGACAGAAGAAGAUGGGCUAGACUGAUGUUUUGUUUUUUUCCUGAUGUCCCAGAAUGAAAAGUGAAAUGUGUCAGUUAAAAUAUACGCAGAGAUGUGCGAAUGAAAAGUCGAGCAUUGCAACAUCCAACCACAAUCUACUAUAAUUUGUGCUAUUCUCAAACUUAAAUCCAGGGUGACAUGAGGAUUCAGACUCUUUGUAUUUGUUGAAAUUAUUUCUAUACUAAAAUAAUCUUGGAGAUUAUCAUUCUCUUCAUUCAUAGUUUUAACACAUGGUGCCACAGUAAAGGCUGACUCCAAGAUGCAAAAAUGAGCCAAAAAGAGGCAACUGUAUAUAUUUUAUUUGUUCAUCAGUUGCUGUAUACUGAAAAUACAAAAGUAUACAUACAGCGUAAUAUCAACAGUUGUAACAGGUGUUAAUUUAGUGGACAGUUAUCUCACCUAACAAAAAGGGAUUGUGAUGAAUGUGUCUACAAAAGAUCACAGU